CUUCCCUCUUCUUUAAAGCGCUAAUUGAAAGUAAAAGGUGGUCCUUUUCAAGAUUUUUGAGAAAUCAAAUAGGUUUUCAUCUUCUUGAAAUUCAUUGGAACUAUUGGUUCUCGGUUAUGUUUAGAGGAGGACGAGAAAAUGAUCCACUGGUGAUUUUGCAUCUGGUAGUGUACCCUCAUAGCAUUGGAAAUUUGAGAACCUGAAGCAGGAGUGAUUGGUUUCGGGGUUUUAGGGCUAGGGCAUGGAGGUUUUGGCAUAUGUUGGUUUGUUACUUUUGUUCUGAUUCUGACGAUUGCUGAGCUGUUACCAUUUUGUUUCUGAAGGCUUCUUGGAGGAAUAGUUGCGAAGAUGAGGCCGGUUUUUGUUGGGAACUUCGAGUACGAUACCCGUCAAUCAGAGCUGGAACGCCUGUUCGCUAAGUAUGGGAGGAUAGAACGCGUUGACAUGAAAUCGGGAACCUCUACUAAGGGAAAAUGUGCUGAGCUCUUUCUUGGCUUGCCAACUUCUCUGCCAAUUUUUUUUGGGAAGGAAACUUCCUGCCUGUCUGCCAUCCUUCCACCCUCAGAUAGCAUCAUCCGCAUUUUCUCACCUGAUCAUCAGUCACUCACUCACCUCAUCGCUUAACAUUGCCAUUUUAUCAGAUUGAUCAUAGUGGGAUCAUCAUUCAAUUUAUUAAGCCAUGCCUACACUGACUGAAAAUAGGGGAUCAAUGAAACACUGUCAUGCAAUGCCAUGCCUACAUCCACUGAAACUAGGGGGUCAAUGAAAUCUAUCAUGCCAUGCCAUGCCUUAUCUUACUGAAUUCACUCGUGCUGUCUGAAUGGAGAAGCAUGCUUUGCAAUGACAAUCCCAGAUCUGAAUUUUGGAUUUAAAUCUUUUAUUGCAAUCAUGAUUUUGUUGCUCAUUGAACGCCUCUACCGCUUCAUGUGCAUCAGCCCUCGCAUAUAUGCAGGUUUUGCGUUUGUGUAUUAUGAGGAUGAGCGUGAUGCAGAAGAUGCCAUUCGAGCAUUAGACAAUUUUCCAUUUGGUUAUGACAAGAGAAGGCUGUCUGUGGAGUGGGCUAGAGGUGAACGUGGUCGUCAUCGAGAUGGGUCUAGAGCAAACCAGAGGCCCACAAAAACAUUAUUUGUGAUUAACUUUGACCCAAUUCGCACUAGAGUUCGUGAUAUAGAAAGACACUUUGAACCAUAUGGAAAAGUUCUUCAUGUUCGGAUUCGUCGGAAUUUUGCUUUUGUGCAAUUUGAAACACAAGAAGAUGCUACUAAAGCUCUUGAGUGUACACAUAUGAGCAAGAUACUGGAUAGGGUGGUUUCAGUGGAGUAUGCUCUGAGGGAUGAUGAUGAGAGGGGCGACAGAUAUUAUGACAGCCCCAGACGAGGGGGCUAUGGAAGAUCACCCAGUCCAGUUACUCGUAGGCGACCAAGUCCUGAUUAUGGUCGUCCGCAUAGCCCUGUGUAUGAUAGGUACAAUGGACCAGCAUAUGACAGACGUCGGAGUCCUGAUUAUGGUAGGCCAAGGAGUCCUGAAUAUGGUAGGCCAAGGAGUCCUGAAUAUGGUAAAUACCGCAGCCGUUCACCAAUCCGAAGGUCCAGGACUUGAAAAUGUCCGAUGAUGUGGAAUGAAGCAGGUUCCGGGGGUUCUCAGUCACUGUGUGUUGGAAUAGGAAGUAGUGCAAUCUGUAGGAAAGUGGACACUUGGCAGAACAAUUUAUGUUUUGCUUUUUGUAUCUAAAAAUUCAGCAUUUGGGGCUAAUCGUGCGUUGAGGACUUGAUAUAUAGCUUGUUCAAAGUAGGUUUGGUUAGUAGAUAUUACUAUUGGGACGUGUUCUGCAUUGACUGGUCUUUAUGAAAAAAGCACAGGUCUUGAACAGUA